ACACCCUUAAUGUCUCAAGCGAAACGUACUUUGGCUGUUGAAGUAAGAAUAUACAAAAAGAGCAGGACCUCUUUAAUUCGAAAAUUUACCGCACGGAUUCCUGGAGCGUUCGGAUUAUGGUACACUGAGAAUUUACAGGAUAUUUUUAUGAAAUAAAACAUAUUUGUUUUAUUUCAUAAAAAUUGUAUUGUGAAAUUAUAUACAUACCUAUAAACAUAAAAUUUAUAAAAUUAUUUAAAUAAAUCCAAUAUUUUAGUUUGUCGGAAGGUAUUUAAUGAUUAAUAAAAACCUUUGUCUCACAACUUACAUAAACGCAUUUUUCUGGCACAGGAAUGUCUUUGUCAGCCCAAUCAAGUAAACAAGUCAGGAAGAAAAGAAAGAAGAAAGCACCAAUGAAAGUGUUCAGCUGUGAUGAAUGUGACUUCACCACUGCAGAUAUAAACAGUAUGGACGAGCACUUGCACACCCAUCAAGACAAGAAUGUAUAUGAGUGCUCUGAAUGUAACUAUAGGACCAAACAUCAAACAUCAUACAAUGUGCACAUGAAAGAAAUGCAUGAGAAGUUGGAAACUUUGUCACAGAAAUCACCUUUGCUGUACAAAUGUAAUGUGGAAGAGUGCAACUAUACAACUUAUUAUAAGAGUAAUAUCCGCUCACACAAGAGGAAACAUGAAAAGGACAAACCUUAUAAAUGUGAACAGUGUGACUACGAGACUGCAUACAAACAUAACUACGAGAAGCAUACUGAAGUACAUGAUGUCAAGGGUAGCUUUCAAUGUGAUCAAUGUCCUUUUGUCACACAGCACAGGGGACACAUUGCCAGGCACCUCGCUCAGAAACAUAAGAUAGUGUCCGAGAAUGCUUUUCACUGUCCAUACUGUGAUUUCUCCACCAUUGUCAACUGGAGGCUGAACAUCCACAAGCAGAGAAGUCAACAGGAGACAAUGUUGAAAUGUAGACACUGCCCUUUUGAAAGCCAUUUCAAGUGUGAAAUAAAAAAACAUAAAACAAUACAUUUGAAAGAUAUAUAUAACUAUAAAGAAAUGGUUGAGGUUGAUGUUCAGAUAGAUAAUGAGGAAUGCAAAUUGGAGUCCUCUCCAGGUUUAGAACUUGUUCAGAACUUGGCAUCUCUGUCAAACUCUGACCCUAAAGACAAUGGAGAAUGUUCAUUGACUGAUGAAAAUCAAACUGUAGUGCGGGAAUCAGUAGAUAUUGACAAGCCGUUCAUGUGCUCAGCUUGUCAUUUCACAUCUAAAUUCAAAGCAGUCAUCCAGAGGCACUUCCUAAGACAUCACACUGGCAACCAACACCGCCCUUUCAAAUGCAGUAACUGUGAUUUUGCAACAAAGACUAAAGAACAAAUAGCAUUACACAAUAAGAGAUCCAAGUCAGACCAUACCCUGUCAUGCCCAGAGUGUCCUUUCACAUCGAUAUAUAAAUGUCAGUUUGUGCGUCAUCAGAAAGUACACAACACAUAUCAGUGUAGUCUAUGCUCAUAUUCUUGUAGACAAAAGUAUGAUUUUGAGAACCAUGUCUCUACAACUCAUAUGGGUAAUGGUUUGAAAUGUAGAUUCUGUGACUAUACAGCCUCUAGGAAUGAGAGUGUGUUGGCACAUGAGGCGUUUCACACAGGAGACAAACCAUACAAGUGCCAGCACUGUAGCUACUCCAGUGUUCGGAAGGCAUUGUUGGAAGUGCACAUGAGGAAAUAUCACUGUGAUGUUACCAGUGAGGUUAUUGUGGUCAGUGAACAACAUAUUCGGUCGCUCAAAGUGAGUAAUUCAUCAAAGAGAUAAAACAUUUACUAAAUAUAAUGUUAGCCAGGCUUUUUGCUAAAGAAAAUAUAAUAAUAUUUGCAUAUUAUUGAUAAUUGUACAAAUUUAAAAACAUAUAUACCUAAUAAAUUAUUACUAAAUAAUUAAGUCUUGUGAGACAUUAUAAACUUUACUGACAUUUUCGGAGUUGGUACUGACUAGUUUCGGAUAGUUCGGUGGCCCUUCAUCAGUGUUUGUGAGGGACCACCAUAGCCAUUUUAGACAAGUAAAACAUAUAUAGCUACUACUUGAUAUAAUAUUGUUAGACUAAUUAAAAUGUUAAAAUUUU